AUGAGCCUUAUGGUUCUGAGUUUUUCGGCUGAUGCGUACAAGAACUACACUGUGGGUGAGUCCAAAGGAUGGUUCAAUAUCCAGGGGAGACCCUCUGUAAAUUAUCGGAAAUGGGCUGAUUCCAAAUCUUUUUCUUUGGGUGGUUUCCUCAUAUUCAACACAGAUAGCAACCAUUCAGUGGUGCAAACAUAUGACUACAAAACAUACAAAUUAUGUGAUUACAACAACAAUGAAGACAAUAGUACAAGAGAAUGGUCAGCUGCAAAACCUUCAGCAACAUCUCCAGUUCCGGUCUCAGUGAAAGUUCCUCUUGUGAAAGAAGAUUCAAAUGAUUUCUUCUCAGGAAACUAUGAUGGUGAACAAUGCAAAUUUGGACAACAUUUCAUGAUAAAUGUAACACAUGGUCAAGGCCUACCAGCUCUAUCAUCACCAGAUGAAGAUGAUGAGACGGCUCCUGGACCAGGACAAUCCUCUCAAUCAGGUGGUGAUGAUGAAGUUGCUCCUGAUACUAUAGUUCCCGCCAAUUUUGACAAUCCUAAAGAUAUUGAGAGUGAUGAUGAUGAUAGUUUGGUUAAGGGUCGUAAAAGUUCUUCUUCCAUAACAAAAUAUAAUUGGUUAUGUUUAGUUUUUAUUGGAUUCUUGCCAUCAUUUUUUUAA